UCAGACAAGAAAUUAGAAAAAGUUUCUUAUGAAGUUUUUUUGUAUUAGUUCUUUGCUGUCUGAUUGUAAAGAAUAAUUUAUUUGUGUGAUUUUGGCAAGUUAACCGUAGUAAAAAUGUCGGGAAAUUUUGAUAAUUUAAAUGCUCCACAAUUUUAUGACUUUAAUAAAGAUUUUAAUGAAGAUCAAAACGCAGAUUCAUACUUUGAAACCGAUCAUGAGCUCCGGGAGCCUCAGGAAGAUCCUUUAAAGUUUAGAAGUCCUGAGCAGGAUAAUAAUGAAAUUACCUUAACUAAUAACAGUGAUUAUGACGAAAAUAACAGUAGAAAACUACGACGCUCUCUGAGCGUUGGUAAUUUAUUAAAUGAUGUAAAUGACGGUAUAGUUGAUAACAUAAAGGAUGGCACAUUAACAUCCGAGGUCAAUAAACAUACCGCAGUAUAUUCAUCUUGUAAUGACUUAAGCGAAGCUAAUGACAACAACUCUUUAAAUGAAAGGAAGAUGUAUCUUCCCCUAGUCCUAGCAAGGGCUCAACGCUUAUCAAAAGCUGUGUCAAAGGAGCACCUGAAUAGACUGGCACAGCCAAAGAAGUAUGUAUCGGACCAGAACUUGAAUAAGUAUGUAUCAGUGGCGGAAGCUGUUAGGAAAUUCCACAGCGGUACACCUACCCGUUUUCGGACUAGGCCGACGAUGAGUAAACUGAAAAUAACAGUGCCUCAGAUGCCAGCUCUAUUGAGCACAAAUAGAAAUCGUCCAGUGGCCGCAAUUUCCAUAGAGGAACGGGAGAGGUUAGAAUAUGAAGAGGCUCAGAAGUUUAAAAUAAAAUCCAAACCAUUGAAUAAAAAAAUUUUGCAAGGACCUAUUCCUUUAGUUCCAAUAGAAAGGAAACCUGCCACCAUUGUAAAACCAUUUAACAUUACAGAGGUGCCGCAAAAGCCUGUUAUCUUCCCAAAAGAAGAAGGUUUCAAAUUCUGUGCGAAGCCAGUUCCUAAAUGUGUUUUUGAAUCACCUAAACUGAAAGUUCUUCAGAAAACAAAAUCACUGGAUCAGUACGUCAAGGGUCCUGUCAGGCCAUCUCGGAAAAAUGAGGAAGAAGCCAAACCAAACGUAAAGUUGACAACAACGAUUCCAAAACCAUUCAGUUUCGAGGAAAGAGAUCGGCGGAUGUUUAAGAAAAAAGAGGAGUUUGUAAAGAAUUUUAUAGAAGAGGAAAAAAGAGCAGCGGAAUUUCAUGCUCGUCCUAUUCCUAAAGCUAUACUGAGAUCUGCCAAAAGUAACUCCAGUUUAAAGCGUUCGGAUUCUUCCGAUAUAAAUGGCGAGCUCACAAAAAGUGAGGAAAAUAUAUCAACUCAGUUCAGAGCUAGACCUGCCACAAUUCUAAAAAAGAAGCCAUUCAUACCAAGGAAGGAGGAAAGACAGUUAAUUGAAAUAAGCGAAUUCCAAUUGAACACCGAGAGGCGUGUCAAAGAGAGGGAGGAAUUCGAGCAGUCUAAAAAAGAGAAAGAGGAAAGGCUCGCUCUGAUACAACAACGUGAAGAGGAAAUAAGGCUGCAGAGGGAGAAAGAGGAGAUCGAUAGGCUCCGUAAAGAUCUGGAAUAUAAAGCGAAGCCAAUCAAGAAAUACAAAGAGAUCAUAAUCCAGCCCUCUGGAAAAGUAACUAAACCUAUAUCACCCACCUUCCAUACAAGCAGUAAGAACAAAGAGAAUUUGCCAUAGGUCACUUAAUUUAAAUUACAAUCUAUUGUUGUUUUAAAACUUAUUUAUGUUUGUCCUUUAGCGUUUUAUUAAACUAGGUGUAUGUUUUAUUCUAAUGAAGUCUAUAUAUUUUACUAUAUGUAUUCCGUACCAAUAUCGGUCCUGAAGAUGUUUUUA